AUGGAGAAAUCUGUAGUCACUGGUCUUCUUGCCAAAACUUUGAAGGUGAUCCCGGGGUCCAAUACUUCUCUAACAAGUCCAGAAGAAGCAGUGAAGAUGGUAAAGGAGUUUGGAACUCCGGUUAUUCUAAAGCCUGCACAUGGUACUGGUAAACAGGCAAUGCAGUAUGUGCACGAUAUUCAACAGAUACCGGAGGCGUUCCUGUUGAUGUCCAACACUGCGAAGAAAUUGUUUGGAGAUGGUUCAAUCAUUGUGAGAAAUUUAUCGAUCAGCCCA